AUGCAGUGGUCAUUUGCACAAGUUAAAGGCACUAUUGACGAUGAAGUGACCGAAGCCGAUAUUAUUUCUACGGUGGAAUUUAAUCAAACUGGUGAAUUAUUAGCAACCGGAGAUAAAGGUGGCCGCGUGGUCAUAUUCCAGCGCGAAGCCACGUCGAAGAAACCGCCAUAUAGAGCAGAAUAUAAUGUAUACAGUACAUUUCAAAGCCAUGAGCCUGAAUUUGACUAUUUGAAGAGCUUAGAAAUUGAAGAAAAAAUUAACAAGAUCCGUUGGCUUAAAAGGCCCAAUUCCGCCCAUUUUUUAUUAUCUACUAACGAUAAAACCAUAAAAUUAUGGAAAGUUGCUGAGCGUCAAUUUCGGGCCGAUGGAUUAAAUUGUUACGACGAAAGUGGCCUCCCGAGGGAUCCAAGAAAUAUUACUAAGCUUCAUGUCCCAGUGUUAAGGCCUAUGGAAUUAACAGUGGAAGCAAGUCUAAAGCGUGUUUUCGCUAAUGCUCACACUUAUCAUAUUAAUUCAAUUUCGUGCAAUAGCGACGACGAAACGUACUUAUCCGCCGACGACUUAAGGAUAAAUUAUUGGAAUUUAAGUAGAACCGAUCAAAGUUUCAAUGUUGUUGACAUUAAGCCAGCCAAUAUGGAAGAACUUGUAGAAGUUAUAACCUGUGCAGAAUUUCAUCCCCGCAAUUGUAACGUUUUCAUUCAUAGUAGCAGCAAAGGAACUCUUAAGUUGUGCGAUAUGAGGGCUGCAGCAUUAUGUGAUAAACAUGCUAAGUUAUUCGAAGAGCCAGAAGAUGUCAAUAAUAGAUCUUUCUUUUCGGAAAUAAUUGCGUCUAUAUCAGAUGUAAAGUUUAGUCAUAAUGGUCGUUAUAUGAUAUCACGCGAUUACCUAACGGUGAAAGUUUGGGACCUACAUAUGGAUUCAAAGCCAGUAGAAACUUAUUAUGUUCAUGAGUAUUUGCGGAAUAGGUUGUGCUCACUGUACGAGAACGAUUGUAUUUUUGACAAAUUUGAAUGUUGUUGGAGUGGUGAUGAUAGUGGUAUUAUGACUGGUUCGUAUAACAACUUUUUCCGAUUAUUUGACCGCAAUUCACUUCGGGAUAACUGCUUUGAAGCAUCUCGUGAGGUAACAUUAAAAGGAAAGAGUAUUUUAAAGCCAAAGCAUGUGUCGUCGUCAAACAGACGGAAGAAAGACGAAAUUGGAGUUGAGAGUUUGGACUUUAAUAAGAAAAUUCUUCACGCGGCGUGGCAUCCCUCCGAAAAUAUAUUAGCUGUUGCAGCUACAAAUAAUCUGUAUUUGUUUCAAGAAAAACGAUGA